CCUGCAAAUAUGAAUUCUAACUUUGAUGAAGCUGGAAAACGAUUUUGGCAAUGGCUUAUAGAUAAUAAAGCUAUAGUAUCUGAUGCUAUUGCUUUUAAGGAUUACCGUGAUGAAAAUGCUGGUCGUGGUGUAGUGGCUACUCAAUCUAUCAAGGAAGGUGACAUGUUAUUCAAUAUCCCAAGAUCUUUACUUUUCUCCACGAAAACGGCGCAAUUGGCUAACAAGGAAAACAUGGCAACUAUUUUACAAGAAUUAGAAGGUUGGACACCACUUAUUUUAUGUAUGAUGUAUGAACUUGAUCGGGAGGAUUCCUUCUGGAAACCUUAUUUUGAUUUACUUCCUAGAUCUUUUUCUACACCGAUGUUUUGGACAGAUCUCAAAUCAUUGGAGGGAACAGAUGUGAUCAACAAGAUCGGCAAAGAACAAGCAGAUCAAUGUUAUGAUGAACAAAUUGUUCCUAUUAUCAAAGCCCAUCCAACUUUAUUUGAUCUCAAUGUUCACACCAAGGAUUUGUUUCAUAUUUGUGGCUCAUUAAUUAUGGCGUACAGCUUCCACGACGAAUAUAAAGAUGAAACAGACAACAAUGGUAAUGGUAACAACGACAAAUCUAAUGAUAAUGCCGAAGAUGAAGAAGAAGAAGAAGAAGAAGAAGAAGAAGAAGAAGAAGAAGAAGAAGAAGAAGAAGAAGAAGAAGAAGAAGAAGGAUUAUUGGCAAUGGUUCCUAUGGCUGAUAUGUUGAAUCAUAAGACUGGUCAUAACAAUGCACGACUAUUCCAUGAAGCUCAGGGUUUAAUGAUGAAGGCUAUCAAGGAUAUUAACCAAGGGGAUCAAGUAUACAAUACAUAUGGUGAUUUGUGCAAUGCAGAUUUGUUACGCAAGUAUGGGUUUACCGAUGACAACAAUCCACAUGAUCUAGUUGAAAUUGAUGGUGAAGAUGUGAUGAAAUUGUCUUGCUCAGAGGACACUGAUGAAUCGAUGAAAGAAGAAAAGUUAUCUUUUUUGAUGGAUGAAGGCGUACUGGAUGAUUAUUUUGUGAUAGAUGGCGAUCAUGAGAUCCCCCCUGAAAUGAUUAUUACUAUCAUUGUUUUUGGUAGUUCUCGUGAAGUCUUUGAAAAAAUGGUGGCUAAGGAAAAGUUACCGAAACCAAAAUUGACUGAUCAAGUUAAACAAGUAGUCUCCACUAUAUUAAAACAUCGUUUAUCAAAAUAUCAAACUAGUUUGAAGGAGGAUUUAGAACAGAUUCAAGGGACACAAGAUGAAAAUGAAAAGAAUGCAAUCCGUAUUAGGAUUGGAGAAAAGCAGAUAUUAGAACAUACAUUAGACUUAUUAGUGAAUAAUAAUACUUUAGAAAAACGACCAACCCCCCUUAGUGUAGAUCAUCCCAAUAAAAAAACCAAAAAAUAAAUAUUUAUAUCGUUUCAUCAAACGCCCUUUUGCCACAAUAAAAA